UUCUCAUUUCUUGUACUUCAAUUCUUAACCAAUCAAUCCCAUUUGCAUCAAAAAAAUUUCACUACUUCUUGCUAACAAAAAGCAUUACUAGAGGCAUAACCAUGAAGAGACAAGCAAAUAAGAAGCAAAGUAAGUUCAUGUACAUUGUGUCAUCACCCGUUAGGAUCUUAAAGAAGGCAACUAAGUUUUACAUGAGAAGCAUGGAAGAUUGUGCUGGAAGGGUGGGUUAUGGUGGUGUUAUGGGCGGCCCGGCUGCACAAGUGUCACGCUUGCCUAAGAGUUUUAGUGUCAAUUAUUCGCAGGGUAGUGAUGAUGAGGAUUUGAGGCAGCUUUUGAGGACUGUGUCAAAGAAAAAUGUGGAGAAUGAGGAGAGUUCUGAUAUGCAUCAACGGCAACAACAAGAGGUGAGAGUGAGACAGUCCAAUAUGGGUGCUAAUGGAAUGGGGAGGAGUUGCAGUGUUGGGUUGGGAAAGAUUGGGAGAAUUGAUGAGGACAUACCUUGUAGUUUUGAGGAAGAUGAAGUUGAUGUGAAGGCAGACUUGUAUCCCAGAAGUAGAACUUAUGCUGUUAGGAGGAAUGGUGUGUAUCGUUAAAGAUAGGCACACAUGAGAGAGGGAGGUUGAAUCAAUUGUUUUUCUAUUCCAAUUGAAACUUUGAAA